CGAGAUCUCCAGGCACCUCCGAGGCUCCCGGGGGCUGAAGGGCGGUCCUAAAAGAACGUCCCAGGUGGGUGUGGGGGCGCGGGACCCUCGCGGGCCGGAGAGUCAGAGGGGGCAGCGCUCUCUCUGUUCUCGGAGUUCUUGGUACCGGGAUGGCCCCAAGUUCAGAAGGCAACGGUGCGCCUGCAGAAGCCUCGCCUCCAAGCCAGGGACUAGCUCGAAGGCUAGAAGGGGACAGCGCACAAGUGAGGGAGAGCGAAUGUGCGUAGGGAGGAUGCGCGGGCUGCGGGCCGGAGGAGCGGUGGCCAGCCCUGCGGGAGGCGGGUGCGCCCUCGCGCGACCUGAGGCUGUCUCCAGUCGGCGAAGUCCUACGCUGCCCCAGGUGCGCAGCGUAAUGUCCAUGUUGUUCUACGCUCUGAUUACAGCUUUUCUGAUCGGCAUACAGGCAGAGCCAUACUCGGAGAGCAAUGUCCCAGCAGGACACACCCUCCCGCAAGCCCACUGGACUAAGCUGCAGCACUCCCUGGACACAGCCCUCCGCAGAGCCCACAGCACGCCUGCGGGGGCGAUAGCAGCCCGGGUGGCAGGCCAGAGCCACAACAUCACCGUGGACCCCAAGCUUUUUAAGAAGCGGCGCCUACGUUCACCCCGCGUGCUGUUCAGCACACAGCCGCCGCCUGAAGCCUCAGACUCACCCGAAGUCCAGGACCUGGACUUGGAGGUCGGCGGUGCUGCCCCCUCCAACAGGACUCACAGGGGCAAGCGGUCAGCGCCCCACCCCGUCUUCCACAGGGGGGAGUUCUCGGUGUGCGACAGCGUCAGCGUGUGGGUUGGGGAUAAGACCAGCGCCACGGACAUCAAGGGCAAGGAGGUGAUGGUGCUGGGAGAGGUGAACAUCAACAACAGCGUAUUCAAACAGUACUUUUUUGAGACCAAGUGCCGAGACCCCAAUCCCGUUGACAGCGGGUGCCGGGGCAUCGACUCAAAGCAUUGGAACUCCUACUGCACCACCACUCACACCUUCGUCAAGGCGCUGACCAUGGACGGCAAGCAGGCAGCCUGGCGGUUCAUCCGGAUCGACACUGCCUGCGUGUGUGUGCUCAGCAGGAAGACGGCUAGAAGGGCCUGACCGCUGACCCGCGCGCCCCCCCACCUGCCCCGACACGCUCCUGGGCCCCUCCCUACCUCAACCUGUAAAUUAUUUUAAAUUAUAAGGACUGCAUGGUAAUUUAUAGUUUAUACAGUUUUAAAAAUUCAUUAUUUAUUAAAUUUUUGGAAGCA